AUGUCCCCGAAUCCUCGUAAGCGCGCCGCGCCCGGCGAUCCGCCCGUCUUCCCCGUUGCCGGCAACGGGCAGCCUAGCUUCAACCCGGCGAUGCAGCAAGACCAGCUGCUCCAAUGGUCUGGCGGGCUGCCGGAUGGUUUCCCCAAUCUCGCUCAAAAUGCAAACUCAUAUAUGAUGGGCAAUCAGGGCCAGUUCUUCCAGCAACAGCUUCGCCAACAGCAGCAGCAGCAACAACAACAACAGCAGCAGCAGCAGCAACCGCAACAGCUGCCGCUGCAGGCUGCCCAGCCACAGCAACUUCAUAUCCAGCCUCAGCCCGCCGUGCAGCAAGUAGGCCAGGUUCAACCGCAGCCGACAUCCACAGCCAUUGCUCGCCGGCCACCCAAUCGCGCCCUGGUUCCAUCUGUGGCCCGGCCGGCGUUUGAUCCGAACACGGACUGGUCUGCCUUUGGCGAUGACGCGGGCGCGCUGACUACCAGCCUCAACCACAGUGUGGGUGGCCAUCUCGCUGCCGGUAACAGCAGCAGCAACAACAACAAUGGCAAUGGAGGCACGGGCUUACCCGGCGAGAACGAGAGCAUCGAAGUCUUGGAAGAGCGCGCGCAGCGUAUCAAGAAGGACUCGCAAGCGAAGCGGAAGCAAAUCCCGCCGUUUGUGCAGAAGCUGAGCAGUUUUCUCGAAGAGGCCAAGAAUACGGAGCUGAUCCGCUGGUCCGAAAAUGGCGACUCGUUCAUCGUACUAGACGAGGACGAAUUUGCAAAGACACUCAUCCCCGAACUCUUCAAACACAACAAUUAUGCGUCGUUCGUCCGCCAGCUUAACAUGUACGGCUUCCACAAGCGAGUCGGCCUGUCAGACAAUUCCAUGAAGGCGAGCGAGCGGAAGAACAAGAGCCCCAGCGAGUACUACAACCCGUACUUCCGGCGCGGCCACCCGAAUCUACUGUGGCUUAUCAACAAGCCGAAAAGCGGGAGCAAGGCGAAGCGCGGCAAGAAAGACGACGGUGACGGUGACAGUGACGAGGAAGUGGCCAUUGACGAACCGUCGCAGAUGGCGCACCAUGCCAGCAUUCAAGGAAUGGGCAACCAGCAAGGACGCGGCUACGGGGCGCCCGGCGCUGGGCUCGGUGCCGGCGGUAGCAACCUCUUGGGGCCCAGUGGUGGCGGAGCAACUGGUGCGAGUGGUGCCGUUGCUCUGGACGCCAACGGUCACGCCAGCGGCGAGUUGGCGCCGCUCCAGAAGAAGGACUUCCAAAUUAUCAAGGACGAGCUCAACACGCUGCAGACGCGGCAGGCCCAGAUUUCGAAAGUGAUGCAGAGGCUGCAGUACGACAAUGCGCAACUUCAACAACAGGCCCGCCUCUUCCAGAACAUGCACGAGCGCCACGAAAACUCGAUCAACGCCAUUCUCAACUUCUUGGCCAACGUCUUCCGCAAGUCUCUCGAGGAACAAGGCGGUGUCCAGGGCGUUACGGAGCUGCUGGCAAGCAUCUUGCCGAAUGGCCAGAUGCCCACCGGCAGUGUCGUGGAUCUCACCGACGAUUUUGACCGACGGCGACCGACGCCUCAGGCAACCAAUCUGAGCACGACCCCGAUGAAGCGACAGCAGAGGCUGUUGCCCCCGAUCCCGGCGCCCAGCGCCUCCUCGACCACCGCAUCCACACCGCAAGCGUCCGGUAACAGCGGCGGCGCGGGUACCCGCGGGAGCAGCGCACGGUCGUCGUCCGUCCUUUCACCCGGGCAGCAACAUGUGGGCGCGGGCUACGGUCAUACAGGCGUAGGCCAAGCCGGACACCAGCCGGCCAUGGGUUCGGUUACAGAACUUUUUGACUCGCCGAGCGAAAACACCUAUUUGCAGCACGAGCUGCAAGCCAACCCGCAGGAAGGCAUGAUGCGGAUCAUCAACGACACCAACGCAAACACGCCGGCGUCCGGUUCUGCGAUUGACCUGCUCGAAGCGGCGGCCGGCACGCCGGCCAACAUGAGCACAGAUCAACGGGACCGGGUGAUUGGCCUCAUGUCGGGGCAGGGCAACAACAAUGGCAAUAUGGGCCAGCAACAGCCUCAGCAGCCCAAUGUCGCGAACCUGGCCCGGAAGAGUCCUAUGACCGGCCCUGGCGGCGUGCCCCUGUCCCCCCAGGUCCCGAUGACGAUCCCGGCGACCAAUGCUGGCAGCGCUCCCAACAACGUGCCGGGUAUGCUGCCAGCAGCGGAUGGCGCCAGCACAUCGCUGUCGCCAAUUCUCGGCAAUGUGCAGACCGUGCCGCCGCCGUCGCUGCAAGACAUCUCGAACACGCAGUCCGAGAUCGAGGCGCUCCAACGGCUGCAGGACGAACAAAAUGCCAAGAUCAGCGACCUGACGCAGAUGCUGGGUCCCCUGAGCCCGUCGGGGCGUGUUCCGGGCAUUGACGAAGACGCCAUCUCCGUUGGCGGCACGAACCCGGGCAUGCAGAGCCCGGGAUACUUUGAUCUCGGCCAGUACCUUGACUCAAACGCCUUUGGUGACGACUUCAACUUCGCGACGGACGAUCUCGUGGGUGGCGGCAAUGCGGGCGCCGGCACGGCAGGCACUGCGGCACCAGUGUCUGGUGGUGCUGGCGGCAUUGCCCCUCUUGCGGACGACUUCAGCUUCACCAUCAACCCCAGCAACACUGCCGACAACGGACACGGCGCUGAUGGCGACGAUGACGGCGACCACGGCCUCUUUGGCAAAUCCCCUAGUCCGGCUUUGACAGAAGAGAUCCAGCGAACCGAUCUCAGCAGAGGAAGCAGCCCGGAUCCGGCCGUGAAGCGCCGGCGUGUGAGCUAG